AUUGCUUUUCUACUUAUGGAAGACAGAUUCUAUUUAUGCCAAACAAUCAUCUGUGGGGUUGAAUGAUGAUGUUGGAACUUUUUUGAUUUGCUGCCAGCCAAUUCUCCACCUCAAAGGGGACGUUGUCGCCAAAGGGAUAAUAACGGGGGGCUUAUGGCCAGUUAUUCCUCGCACAGCACGCUUACGGUAAGGCCUGGAACAUCAUCAAUAAGUACCUGUGUCAGCAGUAAUAAUCCAGUUCGACCUGUGACGAAAGAUGGACCAGAUCCAUGGCUGCACGUUGAUGAGCUCGCCGUGGAGGUUGAAGACCUUAAGAAGAGGCUGCAGGAGGAAGAGGAAGAAGCUCAAAGGCUUCGGGAAGAGGUGGAUAAUCUGAGGACUCAGGGUCUGCUAGUCACACCAGAGAAAGAUCCGCCUUCGACUCGACUACCAGAGGACCUUCUACCCACUCCUCUGAAAUUGGACACCGCGACUCCAACGAAAAAGGAGCUUGAGGACAAGGCCUUUGCAGGUGCAGACGAGGCAAGGCGCCAGGAGCAGAUGCCUCACGUAUCCACUCCUGCGCCUCGUACUCCGUCAUGUGGGUCAGGUGAGAGACGACGUCCCGCUCCAUCGUCUGAGCGGAAAGGUUCUGGGUGCUCUCCUUCCCUCAGAGAGGAGAGGGAUAAGGAGAAAACCCCCCUUUUGAAGUUGGGAGGGAAGAUGAAGAGGGAACGGGGAUCGGCGGAGAAGGGAUCGCGACAGUCGCGACAGUCGCAAUCGGGCGGCGGACAUCGAGCCACCCCAUCGAGUGGUAAUCGGGAGAGAUUGGCUGCAACCCCCCCAACUGUGGAGAAGCACGUGUUCAAUGCUGAGGGGGAAAGCGAAGAUCGCAGCAGCUCAGGCAGCUUGGCGCUUGUGAGGAGGAAAAAAGGAAGCAAGGAGGGAGGAGGAGGUGGUUUCUCCAUGCAAGAGGAUCUGCAUGAUCUUAGGACUAAGUCCAGGGCUGCAAUCCAAGACGCACAGAAAGGGGCCUUGGCGGCCGAUGCAGUGCAAAGGAAGAGGGCCAGUAUGAACGACAAGAACAGGAAAGCAUCUAUGGCUUCGCAGGGUUCGUUGGGCGGCGUCGAGUGGGAUCAAUUGGACCCUGGAAUGACAGGUGGAGGACUGGCUAUGGAGUUGAAGAAGGAGAGGAAGACGGUUGAUGACAAUGGAAGUGAUAGCUUGGGGAUUCGACCCUUCGCCGACAUUACAAACGAAACCUCACUGAUGUGUUGGCUUCAACCAGGCUCGGCCUCGCCGAGCAGCAUCCAGACGAGAAGUGAGUGUGCACAGGACAUCCGACGAAGCAUCAGCAGCACGCCCAGGCCAGCAGAGGGCCCAUGCGACGUGGGAAACCAGAAGGCAACCAUCCAGACUUCCAUGCGGACCUCUGGUUCUUCCGCGGACAUGUUGAGGAAUUCAGGUAACAUGGAGUGUGUACCAGGAACCACCACUCCCCCACAAACUGGACCAGGUGUUGCCAGGGCCUGUAAUCCUGGCAUGUACGACUUCAUGAGAGCAGCUGCGGCCCGUGCGGCGCGCAGGCAGAUGGAGCUUGCAGCAGCUCAAAGAGACGGCCAAAGUAGGAGCGGACAGGUGGCUAUGGCGGCUGCUCGUUUGCCUGAUACCAUUGAGAAGAAGACGCAAGAGGAGCCGAGAAUGUCGGUGCCGGCAUAUUUCGAUGGAGAAGAGAGACGUGGAGGGGGGAGUCUUCAGCUCUCGCCUCGCUCAGGAGGAUUCUCCCUUGCACAAAUUACGGGCCCUGCGAGCCCAGCUCCCCUCUCUCCUGUCCCUCGUCAGAGCGAUUGGGCUUCGCCCCAAGGUGUCAAAGAGAAUCUCCAAAGUCAAGAGCUAGCUGAGCAGAUCCUUGCAGCAGCUCAGGGAAACAAGGAAAGGCAGGUGGUUGUUCCAGCUGGCUGUCCUCUCAGCAGGGAGGGGGAGACAGAGCAGCAUUGCGAAACAGAAACCUCGUCGGCCUGGGCCUCAUACAUGGCUGCAUUUGAGAGACACAUGACUGCAUCCAUGAGGAGCUUUUCAAGAUGGAGAAUGCUGCAACCACUGUCGAACCCCGAUUCUUGCCAGGGCUCGAUCCCAGAACCUUGCCAGGAAGCUGGUGGGGGGAAUCACGAGGCCUGUCUGGACGAGAAACCCGGUCUGAUCGCCCGACUAAUUAGUGGGUCUGGCCUUGGGCCUGGACAGAAUCCUGGGAUUCCCACCACGGACCAAUCGUUGUUACGAUCUUCAGGACAAUCCUCGGGCCAUCUAGAGAGCCCGGGAAAGCACCAGAAGUCUGAUCAACAGCGUGCCACGCGGACUCAGCAGCAGCUGCCUGCUACAGUUAACAGAUCUCAAGGAGGAGGAGCAGGAGGAGGAGGAGGAGGAGGAGGAGGUAUGCCCCUCGCUUGGUCGCCGCCUGUCCGAAUCCCAGAUUCUUUUGAAGGAAGCCCCAGAGCAAAGGCUAGACGCUUGCUGGACAGGGAUCAGUACCAAACUCAGCAGCAGCACAGUCAGAACCAUGGUCAGGAUCAAAAUCAGAACCCCAAUGGGAAUGCCUCUCAAAAGAAAGCUGUAUGUCUACCCCCUGUUCCCAGAUUUGCCCUUCAAGGAGGGGUAUCCCCUUCGCAAAACCCCUAUUCCCCAGUUACCAGGGAGCAUUUCACCACUGUGCACGCGCGCUCACGAGUUGGUGCCUCUGGCGAUGGCGAGGGGUGGUACAGACCUCCAUCGUCAUCUCCGGAGAUCUUGUCUCCUUGCCCACGGCGACCCGUCUCGCCAAGGACAAGGCUCAUGGAUGCUGAAUUGGUGAGAGCCACGUCGGGUGGAAGAGGAAGGCUUGAAGAACUGAUUAACGAUGCUUGUGAUCAGUCACUUGAUUCCAGCCCCGAACACGGGAUCUGCAAAGGAACAGAGAUUAAACGGCAGAUCGAAUUCAGCUCUACUAAGGAUGGAGGGACGCAAAUCGAACAGUCGAGAGGGAUGGAUGUGGUAGGGACUGGGAGCGUGCGGGGUGAAGCGAAGCUAAUGGGCGCAGUGGGAAUGGAUCGGCAGGCAGCAAGUCCUACUAGACGAAUGAGUCCACGUGGUAGAGGGGAGGAGACCAGUAGGGCAGCAGACGAAGAUGAAGAGAGAGGAGGGGGCAGAGUAGCCGUGCGUUUGCCGGCAAACCUUACUGUUGACGUUAAUGGCAGUUUUGGAAGUGGCAGUUUGGCCGGCAGCACAGGAAGCCUUAUGCACAGCCCAUCGGAAGACGAAAGGCCACCCUGUCGCUGGGCCAGUCACGAGGAGACAGCCAAUCCCCCAGAAGGAGGGUUGUCAUCUGAGCGCAGAGCAGCAAGCAGCAGCCCUCGGAACCAGAACCCUAAUCGUGGGGUCCACAUGGAAGCAAGCUCAAGCCUGCAGCAGAGGUCAGGUCAAAAUCGGGAGAAUGGCAGGGGUAAUAACGCAAGGGAUGGGGAAGGGGAUGCAGGGACAGGGGGGAGCAGCAACAACAGGACACUGCGGGUGUCUAGAAUAGCGGCCGUGGCGGCCGCAGCUGCGGCGAGUGCAGCUGCAAGUGCAGCAGCAACUGCUGCAGCCAUUGCCUCUGAGGGUGUUGAUGAGAAAGAGGAGCACAAGUGCCCAUUUAAGAGCAACCAGUCCAGACGUUCAUCCACGGGUAGCUCGGCAAAAGCAAGAGGUCCGUUGGGUGCAGCAGCUACCGGUAGCGCGACAGGCUUGCCUCCGAAGUCAUUGUCCAGGUCGUCGUCCCUUCCACCUCGACAUCAUUACUUCGAAGCGAAGUUGGAUGGCUCCAUGGAUGAGGAAAGCGGCACGCUCACCGCAUCCGUCGCUGGUGUGAGUACUAGCCAACCUGGCCCCCACUCUAGGUCCCUUUAUGGGGCCAAAGGCUCUGUGGGACCAGGGCAAAGGGUUCGUGUGAGUGGGAGUUUGAAGCUGCAACUUGGUCAAAGUCAAUCGCGGGCGGGAAUGGGGGCAGAGUCAGUAAGUGGAAUGGCCCAAGCCACCGCACGGGAACGGAGACUGAGGGAGUAUCUGAGCAUGCAUGGUGAGAGAGAAGCAAGUUUGGCAGAUGACAGGGGUUUCCACAGUACCAGUGGGUGUGGGAACGUCGCUGGAUCGAGUCGUAAUGAUGAUCACAUGCCGUCGAGUCCAUCUUGUGGAAAAGAGAACGUGGAGGGAGGGUGUGACAUGUUGGGCUCCUCUGCCUCUGGUAGUGCUUUUCUCCCCUCAAUGAAUGCUAACAGCGGGUUGCCGAAUGUCACAGGAGCUCAGCGUGACAGUACUGUAUUGAGAGAGUCCUACUCCUACUCAUCUGCUGCGGGCAUGGAAAGUGGAAGAUUGAAGCCGUGCCAGAACCCUGUGCCUCCUCAGCAGCAAGGGGGGCAGAAUGGGCAAGGUGGAGGGGGUCAUAGGAUAAGGCCAAGCGGCAGUGGGUGUAGAAUAUCCCCGACCAGAGUGGAAGACCGACCCAUCAUUGCGGGUCUGCAGGAUGAUAUGCCUGGUGAUGCAACACCGCUAAGAUUGAGUCCUGGCGAAUGGGACGGACGGGGAAUUCCAAAUUCCACGACAAAGUAUCGUGAGGACCAGAGAGUCAAGUACCAUGCCACUCCAUUUGAGGUGCGGUUAGAGCGAAAGCUGGCCGAGGAGGAUAUUCUUGCUAGGGGUGUAAAUGCGUAGGGAUGGAAGUGGCAAAGUCGGGAAGUACGGAGUGGUGGGGACCAUGUAGUGGUGGCCGUUAAUGGCAGUGAGUGGUAGGGACCACAUUGCUGUGUGCAGACCACAACCUGCAUCAAGAGGGGAUUCCUUCUCGUAGCUGAACCUGCCAAAUGUAGGUUCACCUGUUAGUCAUGAUCUGAAAUAGUGUAUUGCGAGGGUAAAGAUUAUCUGGGGACGAAAUCAAGGCAUGCUCACACU